AAAAUCUCUUGUUUAAAUUUCAGACAGAAUGAAACUGAUGGUUGCUUUAGCUGUUCUAUAUUCUCUGGAGGGGUCCACUGCUAAAACCUAUUUAAUAGAAACUCUUGAUAAUGAGGGAAGUAUGGAAUGGGAAGCACAAGCAGGAGAAGCAAAAUGGGAGGAAAAAGGAGCUGAAUGGGAAGAUAAAGGAGCUGAAUGGGAGGAUAAAGGAGCUGAAUGGGAAGAUAAAGGAUCUGAAUGGGAGGAUAAACCACAGUGGGAAGACAAACCAAACUGGGAUGAAGGAAAGGAAGAAGCUGAAGUAGGAAUUCCAGUUCCAGAAACUGCUGCUUCUGGUUAUGAUGCACCUGUUCCUGGUGCUCCUGAAGAUGCUCCUGGUUAUGAAGUUCUUGCUCAUGAAGCAGCUCCCGUUGAUGUUCCCACUGAAGACUCUUCUGAUGCAUAUACACCUGCUGAAGUUGUUACCACUCCAGGUGCAGCCGCCCCAGCAACUCCAGAAGCUCCAGUAGCUCCAGCAGCUCCAGUAGCUCCAGAAGCUUCAGCAGCUCCAGACACUCCUGCUGCAGGUGCUCCAGCAGCUCCAGCUGCUCCAGCUGCACCAUCUGCUCUGGCUAAAGAUGAUCCAGCUUAUAAAGCUAAAAAAUGAAAUUAUCAACUUUCACCAUCAGUUUAAAUCAAUAUUUAAAUCAAAUAAAGUUCUAUGAUUUUUAUUAAGACUGAAGUGUACUUUCUACCAAACUUCCAGGGAGGGGGGAUGAUUGUCAAAGAUUUUGGGAAAAGUAAAACUUGAACAUGAACAGGCAAAGUGAUAAAAUCAGUGAUAAAAAAGUUUCCAUUGCUACCAAACUGGCAAAAAAAAAUGUUUAUGCAUAGGGGGAAAAUCAUUUUUGAGCAAAGUAUACACCCCUUAUUCUUCAAGGGUUCAGAAAAGGUCCUUCAUUUGCAGCUACAUCAGAAACAAUGUACUAGACCAAAAUAUAUUCAUUGCAAGCAUUAAAGAACCCUCCCUUGCACACAUCCUAGAAAUCCAAGGAAGUACAUUGACAUGAUUGUUGUACAGUGGAUUUUGAAUACAAAUAAAAAGGAAGUUAAGAACUUUUUCAAUAAAUAUUUCAUCAAUAGUA